UCAAAUAUAGUUUGUGCUGUCUGUACCACAAAUUGUCAUUUCAGUGUUGCUAAGUUGUCAAAAGGAGGGUUUCCUCUUGUUUUUAUAUGGAGCUGUAUCUAACCACUGGGUGCCACGUUACAAAAUCUAGUUGUACAAAUAUAUAAUACUCUCUCCUUUCCUUCCAUGUGCACAUAGCUGGUCAUGUCUGGCCAUCUGAUCCAGUACAGUUUGUGUCAUCUAAACCCUCAGAACAGUUUCAGCACCCGCGGUUGGAUGGGAAGGUGCCAUUGCAGUUGUAUGUGCUACCAAGGCUGCCACAGUGAACGGAAUAUACAGAGAGCAACUUGGCAACGUGAAGGAAAGACAAGUCCCUACAAAAGAGGUGUUUCACCACUUCUUGCAGCAUCGUUAAUCCAUGCUGCAGUUGAUGAAGUUCUCCAAACAGACUUGACUGAAUUUGAGCAGCAAAAUGUGGAAACAGAGGGAGAAGGAGAUGAAGAAAGGUUCACCUUGCUAGAUGGAGAGUCAUUGCAGCGCUGCUUCUUUAACAAGCUUCGGGAUGUCUGCUUUGAGUGGCAGAAGCAGUUGCCACCGCUGCGACCAGUGAAGCGAUUCCUGCUCGUUUCCAUCCACGCCAUCCGUAACACUCGGCGGAAAAUGGAGGACAGGCACGUUCUGCUCCCAGAGUUCAAUCAGCUGUUUGGAUUAUCCGAUGACGUUGAUCGCGCUUACUUUGCGGUAUUUGAUGGCCAUGGUGGAGUGGAUGCUGCCAAUUAUUCAGCAACCCACUUACAUGUAAAUGUUGGGCUGCAUGAAGACAUUGUGAAGAAUCCAGCUGAGGCCUUGAAAUGCUCUUUCCAGAAGACAGAUGAAAUGUUUCUUUUCAAAGCCAAAAGAGAGAAGCUGCGGAGUGGUACCACAGGUGUAACUGCGUUGAUUGUAGGGAACAAGCUACACAUAGCGUGGCUAGGGGACUCGCAGAUAAUGCUUGUGCAGCAAGGAAAAGCUGUGACGUUAAUGGAGCCUCACAAACCAGAAAGAGAAGAUGAGAGAGCACGUAUUGAGACUCUGGGUGGUUGCGUAACCUAUAUGGACUGCUGGCGGGUUAAUGGUACCUUGGGUGUUUCCAGAGCAAUUGGUGACAUAUGUCAGAAACCCUACAUCUCUGGUGAUGCAGAUGGAGAGUCAUUUGAGCUGACUGGUUCUGAAGAUUACUUGCUCCUAGCCUGCGAUGGAUUCUUUGACGUGAUCAAGCCGUAUGAGGUUGUAGACUUGGUCCUAGAUCAUUUAAUGCAAACCAAAGGAGUGGGUCUCAAAGCAGCAGAAAGACUGGUGGCUGCUGCGAAGGAAAACGGAUCCAGUGAUAACAUCACUGUUCUAGUGGUGUUCUUGAGGGAUCCUCAGGACAUCUUGGCAGACUGUCUCAGAGACCCUAAGAACCAUGGGGCCAGUGAGGAUGCUCGGAGCUCACCCUUCAGUUUCCUCAGCUGUGAGGCAGCGGCCACACAGUGACAAAAUCUGCCAAGUCCCAAACGUUCAAGUAAGUUCACGUAAGGAACUGCUUUCCACUGAAGAAGCCUCUAAUGCAACAGGCAAAACAUAUUAGGAAAAAAAUGACAAAUGGACAUACUGUUAACAGAAAGGCAAGACUCCUUUUACUGAGUUCCUAUUUGUCUUUUCCUUCCAUCCCCCUCCCUUCAAAAAACACUGAGCAGAUGUUGGGAUUUGUACAGCAAUUUCGUCUCUGGGAGCAGACUUCUAACGUGUGUCCUGGGGCUGCUGGUCAUAUCCCUCUGCCCUGGAGGUGGUAAGAAGCCGUAAGACGUAUAAGCUAACGGGCGAGAAUACCCAUUUGUGAAUUCUGCGUGAAAAUUUAAAUUAGUGCUUAAAAAGAAUGCUGUAUGUUGUAUUUAAUAGUGAUGUUACUUUGGAGACUGAGAGGAGAGAAGCUGUCGCCAUCGCAGAAAAGCUUCUUGCUGCAUGUGGUCUGUAGGAACAGGCUUGGUGUGUGAGAGACUGGCUGAUGCCAUUAUGCUGUGUAACUUGCUUCAGUUUUGUACCAAAGAUAAUAUUACAAGGAUGGUGUGGUCUCUUUAUUCAGAGGCAUUUAGUUUUGUGUGUAUGGAGUGGAGAAAAUGAAGCUGAAUGCUCCAGAAAAAGAGCAAGAGAGCUAACUAGAAAUAUCCCAGGCAAAACUGAUACAAAAUCAGCUGCUUUGGGGGAAUGUUCUGGUUUAUAAACUGGAAUCCAGUAUUUAACUGCAGUGGAUUAUUUCUCCCUAACAAACACUCUUUAUUGGCUAUUUGGCAACCUGAAAAGAAAGGACCCUUAGUGUUGUAUUUGACAGAGAUGCUUACAGUAUGUAUGCUCCGGCAGUUAAAUAUGCUCUGUUUCUGCCACUCUUUGGUGUACUAUAACAAAAGGAGAAUGUUAUUUUUUAUUCUAAGGGUUUAUCUGUUUAUUUACUGAAUUUACAGUUGGAGUAAUUUUUUGCAGUGUUACUUUAUUUUGUUGUAGUUUUUAUUUAAAUUAGAAUUUUGAAGUAGUUGUGUCUUUAUUAUCUGAUUUUUAAAACUGACUACCCUCAAGUGCCUUAAAUAUUUCACCCAAGGAUUGCUGGCUUCCUGUCGUAUUCUGGGGAGCCACUUUAUGGCGUUUUUAGAAUGUGACUUUUUAAUUUCAUUGAUACUAAUGUUUAAUGCACUUAAAUGUUUCAUUUUUGUGAAUUAUUUUAGUGGGAACUAGGUUUCAAGAAAACAUCUUGUUCAUUGUUGCCAAAUCUUGUGACUUGUAGUAAAAGCUUCACAACACUUACUGUGACUUACCCCCUGCCCCAUGCAUAGAGCGCGAGUUACUUAAUGGUGAAGUAACAAUGAGUCAUCGUGACUUUCAUUUAAAAACAAAUACACAUCUGACUUUCACAAGAAAAUUUAAUAACACAAACUAGAAACAGUUUAGUAACAGUUUUUGAUUAAUAGAUGGUUAAUUGGGCCAUACUUUGUGAAUAACUUUCUAAGGAGAUGUGAAACUAAGGUGAAGAUGAAAGAAUCUUAAUGAACAUGUAUGUUGUUGUGUGGCUGUUAUGUCCAUUACAUGCCGGAGCCUCUGGUGGUGUUUUGUCUUGCUCUGCUGACCUGUCCCACAGGACUCAGCAAGAUAUGAAGGCUCAGUGGUAAAUGUGUUAGUAAUUUUUGUACCUAAACAAAAAGUGCUUUACAUGUGGCAGCAAGAUUGUAUGCCUGAUUUAGAAGCACAUGGCAUUGCAAUGUGUCAGUCCUGUUGAUUAAAAUGUGUUGAAUGCUAAUGUUGCUUAGGGAGAAGAUUUAGGUAAAAGAGACGAGAUGGCUAGAAGGAAGAACAGAGCAGGACUGUUUCUGUCUGUAGUGUCUCUGAGCCGCUAGCUGGUGUGCAGCAAUGCACUUACCCGAGCAACUUGAUUUUUUUAUUUCUUUUUUCGGGAUUACUAUGGUUGAUUGUGCGGUUUGACAUAGAAACUCCUCAGUGAGCUGCCAUCUCAUUACACAGCAGCUCGGACAGUGACUCCCUUGUUUUGCUGUGCAACAAUGGGAGCUUUUCCUCUGAGAAGGUUGCAAGCACUUUUCUAUCCUUUAUUUUGCUGUCCAAAAGUAUUUGUGGAGAUCUUUUAGUGAUGCCAACCUGGUUAAUUUUUGUAGUGAACCUACUUCAGCUAAGGAAGCCUUCAGACUUGCCAAGUAAUCCCUUUCGAUUUACCAUCACCCAUCUCUUUGAUUUCUAACCCAGACAUUCAGUGUCAUGCUAAAUUCUUAUAACCACUAGUGCCUCUUUGUGUCUUGGAAAGAGUUCUCAUUAUUAACAUAGUAAGAAUCAUACAAAAUUGUUUGAUUUCUGCUAUCUGAGGUUUAUCAGGAGAGGGGGAAGCUAUUGUAUUCCUGAAGUUUGAAAUGUCGGUAAAUUCAUAGUAUGGUUUAGUUUCUGAAACUUGCCAAACUUCCUGAAACAUGGAGGGAACUGAAUGAGCCAAAUUCCUGGUAAUGAUCCUUUUACUUCAACCUUUCUGUGGCAGAUUUGUAUUAUGGAGGAAAAAAGUCUUAAGCCUUUCAAUGGAUAUUUACAGCUGUGUGAGAAUAUCCUGAUUUGUUUCAAAUUUGAUAGGUAUACUGUAGGGAAGAAAUUCUGCAUAGAUGUUUUCAUUCUGAAUGACCUAGUGCCUCAUUUCUUGGAGGUGGAAGUGGAGAGGAAUAGUCUUUGGGAACUUGUACAGAUUUCAGGGGAGAUACAAAAUAUUUCUCUAAUUUUCCAAGACCCUCUUACUAGCUUUAAAAUAUUUAGUCAGGUCUAUAAGAGUUGUAACUAGGUCAAAACCAGCAGUUUGUAUCCUCUCAGUGGAAUAAAUAAAUCUUAAUGUGUCAUCUACAGUAAAAUUUCACGUACGAUUUUGGGGAAAAAAUUGCUUUGGAGAUGUCUUAUCCUCAAAAUUUCCUUUUUUUAAACUGAAACCCCAACAUUUUGACUUUGAAGUUAAAUCAGUCAUGACACAGGAUGCAAGAAUAGAUGUUAAGUGCAUUUUGAGCGUUCAGUUGCAAAUGGUCAUCGGGAUGGUCUUACCCUGGGGAUGGCAAGGCAGCCUCCAAAUUCUGUUGCACUUGUGACCUGGAUAUUACUUUUAGAAGCCAGGAGCUACAAUGCAUAACACUGUUACAAGUGUCACCAGUGCGGGUGGUGGGGAGGGAGGGGAAGGGGCUCCAGCAGAACGUUAUGAAGUUCAACUAAAUAGUCCAAAAUAUGGAGUGGUGCUACGUUUUGAAUUUGCAGUACUAAUGUGCUGCAUUAGCUUUUCUUAUCUUUCCUCUUUAAAACUUCCUGGCUUUCUUGUGUUGGCUGUUCUGUUUUCCUUCCCUCCUUUGGUUAAAAAUAAUAUGUAAUUUUGGUGAGAGAAUCAUCUCGCCUCUCUGGGCCUUCUCAGUGCCAUGUAUUAACGCUUGUCUGCCUAUGUCAGAUUGACUAAUUUGCCUGUUUAAUUGUUGCCUUUCUCAGGGGCCUGCAGCAAAACCAAUUCUGUAGUCCAGCCAAAACCUUCGAAGCUGUAGAAGUUAGCUGGAGGAUCCAGGACAAAUGAAAGUAUUUUCAUAUUUUACUAAACUCCAAAUGAAUGUCUGCUACUGCGUUUUAUCACCCAGUGUCAGCAAAAUGGUUCUUUAAAGGAGCCUGUGUUUUUAAAACAGAGCACGCUUAAAUCCUUACAUUGUGCGUCACUGAAAACUAGCUUUAGUCAUGCUGCUUAGUGGGUAUCCAACAUCUCUUAAGGGUAAUUCGUACUUCUACCUUUCUUUCCCUCCCCAUUCUCUCCUACAAUGAAACAUACCUAAGACAGUGAAGUCUUCUGGGUCUGACAGAGACAAGAUUACAAUUUUACAAAUCACAUUUUUUGGGGUUUGGGGUUUUUUGAGAAUACAGAGGAUAGAAAUGUAGGAAAAUUUUUAGAACAGAGGGAGAUUAAGUAAAAUCCACCCUCUUGAGUGAUGGAGGAGUGAAAGAGAGAGACAGGAAUGCAUUUAAGUAUUAUUAACGCCUAUUUUAAAAGGCAAGUGGGCUGGAAAAUAGCGCUACAAAUGUCAGUUCUUUAGAGUGAAAUACCAGUGCUUGAAAGAAUUACAAACACACCCAUUAAAAAGGCAAAACUCGGAUAAGGUAACUCUGUCUUCAAGCAGCCAAGGAAGGAAUCACAGUAAAAGCAUCUGAGGUGACUUAAUGUGACCCCUCAACACUCUCUUGGAAGCUAAUGCUACUAAAUGGAUUUUUCUAAAUGUCCUUAUGUAUAAGGUAGUACUAAGCGGGGCAGCAUUCGGAAUACACGGUUACUGGUCACUGUGCAACUGCUGCCGUGAGCAAAUGCCGUGAAGCGCGUUAAUGAAUCGAUCCGGCUGGUGAGCUCUCAGAAGAUGAGUAAUUGGGCACCGAGUGGUUACAGCAGAGUUGGCAGUUGAAUAGUGUUAAUCACAGUGAUGACUUUAAUAGCAUUUAAUAGACACUUAUCCGAAUUCAAAGUCAGAUGAGAUACUGCUCUUUUUAAAAAGCAUUUCCAGUGUUAUUAGCUUUCUGUCAUGAAAAGCCACUAAAAUUUCCAUCUUUUUGUUGGAUGUUGGGAAAAGUGCUUAUCUCCAGAAAUCAGAAAGCAAGAGAAGUUGGCUGUCUGCACUGGAAAACCCAUUUUCAGUUGAUAGUUUAAAACCACUGUUUGAGGUUGAAACUUCCCUCCCAGGCAGUCCUUUAAAAACCAACAAAAAGGGGCUUCCAAAACAAGUGGCCGAGGAAGGCAGCUGUUUCCAAAUGGCAUUCCACAAAAGGCCAUAUCUUUAAGGAAUUGCAACCACCCUCAAUGUGUAAAGGGCACAGACAGUUGAGCACCUUAAAGUCUAAAUUAAGAUUGCAGCUUCACUCUUUGUGUAAGUGAUACUCUGGUGAGCGGAUUCCUGUGAAUGCAGGUACUUACUGCACAGCACCAGCCACGGGCUAGUUCUGUUCUUACACUGAAGUAUCAAGCAAAUGCUUUAGGGAGCAGGUAGGGAAAUGUUAGCCACAACAGAGCAGAUUGCAGAUGAUUCACAUGUGAUUGAGCUCUAGUUAGGCCUGAAUUAAAUUUCCCUGCUUAAUUCUAUUACUGUCCCUUUUACAAUUGAGCCUGUGCCAUCAAGCAAAAUCCUACUAGGAAAUAAUGGUCUAUUCCCUUUUUUUGAGUAGCAAACAACUUCUGAUGGACAAAAUGUCGUUCAGACAGGAGUGGAGAGGGAGAAAAAUGAGCUUUCAGACGAGUGCAAAACUUCCUAAUCUAUGCUAAGUUAUGUGUUCUGUCUAAACUCACGUUUAUAGCAGGUUCGAUUGCAUUUGAAUAGUUGUGCUGGAACGCAGUGGGUUUUCUGCCAAGCCGGUCAUGACCCGUAAAUCGGAUGGCACCAAACCCGAGAGGCUGGUCCUGCCUGCCCUCCUGAACUGGCCACUAACACAGGAGCCCUGGUGAGUGUUCUGCAGCGCUGACAGCUCUAAGGGCUAAGCCAGCUGCUUUCUGCAUAUGUUUGGGUUGGCUUAAAUAUAUUUAUUGGAUUUUACUUUAUCUAAAGUUAUGUCUAUUGAUUUCAGUCAUGUCAGCUGAAAAGUAAUCAAAUGGAGACAUGAGGGAGUGAGUGGAUCUGAGCAGGAUCUGAUCUGUCAUAGACACUUCUUAAAAUACUACGGUAAAAUGGGCUGGUAGGCUCUUGUGAUAACCUUAUCUCUGAAUAGAGCAGGAAAGCAAAAUCUUACAAAGUAUCACUUAAGCCUUUAUUGUGGUGUGACCCAUCAGAACCUGAGCACUCAGAAUCCUUUCCCACAAGCCGUUCGCUGUUGCUGGUUUGAUGUGUUUUCCAGGCUGUGCACGCUGCUGCUGGUGUGUACAAAAAUCAACAAAAGGCAGCUGUGUUGGCAGCACAGAAAAUUUAGCAAGAUGCAGCUUUUGUCAAACAGAAGAGGACAAAAUCAAUAGGAAAAGAAAUGUUUUCAAGCUUUUUGGAAUGCAAACAAUGGAAUAAUAAAAAACAAAAAGGCAACCUAGAAGAACUGGCAGUGCACUGUCAGCUUAAAACCACUGUUUUAAGCAAAUUAAUUUGGCUGCUUUGUAAUGUCUGCUUUAUUUUGUUAACAAAUUCCUCUCAGUCAGGGUUCUGUGUCUUGUUGUUGAUACGUGCUUUUUAGUCUGAAGAUAGAAGAUACAUUUAACGUGUUAAGGAACUGAAUGUAUCUGGGCUUUGUGACUAGUUAGAUUAUGAUUAUCAAGUUGUCUCUCAGCUGUUAAGCUUGCUUACUGAUUCCCAGGAGAUAUUAAUAUAGCAAGUACUGAACUUAUUAAUGAUUAAAUGCUUCUGGAUUUCCAUGGACGAGAACUUCCACGGUCUUUCCUGAUCUGGCGGAUCACUUCUUGAAGUUCAUUAUCAUUUGUGUGGCAAUACAUUAGGCAUGUGGAAGGUUUGUCGCUUUGGCAAAUGGAGCUGGAAGGUGUGACCACGAGUCCCCGCAGGAAGUAUUUAUCCUUUUAUCUAAGGAAUGAUGGUUCCUUUUGGAUGUCUAAGGAUAAAGAGAUAAUCACUAGGAAACUAGAGAGAUCCUAUGGGGACCUUCUCAGGGCAAUUAAAUACUAUGACUUCCUCUUUUUCACGUUGCCCUUUCUAACUUCAUUAAAAGGCAUUCUGCUUAAUACUGGAUGAUUAAUGUUGCUGGUGUUUGAUUUCCUGUUGUGUCUUUGGCAUUGACCAAUAUUGGAUGUCUAAGAAGAAAAUCCUGUUAGUUGCAUGUUAUUCCAUAGGAAUAGUUAUGCUUAUUUCAGGUAACAGUAGCUCUCAUCCUGAAUGCAGGACUUCAGAAAUAUUCUUGUCUCUGUAUGUCCUUGUUCUUGCAGAUUGUUUGUGUUUUCAAACAUUUACACUGUUUAGAGUGGGGAAAAGCGUUCUGACUUCCUUCACCUCUUCAGUUCUCUCUCUUUCUUGCCCUGGUAGGCUGAGCAGACAGAUUGGUAGCGCAGCUCACCAUGGGGCUCCUCACCCUCGGUCUGUCAUUCUGCAGUGUCUGCUCUGUACGAUAACUUCAAUCCUGUGCUUAUUUAGUGCUAAGUUAGACCUCCAUAACUACUCCUGCUGACUUAAAAGUAUGUGUUCUUAUCAGUAUUAAAAUAGUACAAGAGCAGAACUGUUGCUUUAGGCACAUUUCUUGCCACUGUGUUGGCUAAUGAACCUUGAAUGAAAGUAAGAGGGCCAGUGACUUUGAAAUAGGAACUGUUAGCCAAGUGUUGUAGAAUCGUAGUCCUUAUUUAUUUUGUAUGCUAAUCUGCACUUGUGACCCUGAGCAGAAAAGCUGCAGUACAGCAGGUUUUAUAAGCUGUGGCUUAACCAGUUAUCUAGUAUCUUAAAACUCUUAUUUAAGCUGACUGGUUUUGUGCACAGGUCAGAAACCUGUUGUCAUUGAUCAUUAAAUGCUGUGCAUAUUGUACAUUCAUUUACACGGAUUGUUCUAAUAGUGCUUGUGUGUAUUAUGCUACAUUACCAUAUUUUUAUAUAUAUGUAUGUAUGUAUUGCAUGAGGUUUAAUUGUUGGGAUUUUUUUGUAUUGUCACUUUUGUAUUCACACAGUGCCUCAUGUAUCUAUUUGCAUAUUGCAAGAAGUUGUUUCAAAGCAGUGACUGGAAACAGGUGGGGAUGAGAACUCUCCACUGUAGGAUCUGAUGUUUCUGAAGUAUUAAUAAAGUAUAGUGAGUUGAA